UCAGCCUCCAGCCCCCGACGACACAGCGUGCAAGGAUGUGCGCCAACGCCAGUGUCCGUUUGUGAUUGUGUGUGUGUGUGUGAGUGAGUGUGUGUGCCGUGACGUGACAAGAAGAGCGGUGCGCCGUCAAGCCCCUGGAUAAGCAAUCGUUUUCGUAACCGCGCCGUCAGUUCGCCAUGCGACUGACGUGGCAGUUGGCCGUGCUGGUGCUUAGCGCCGCGGUGGCCGCGGUGGGUGUCUUGGGCGCCCCCGGCCCCCCGCCCGACGAUGGUCUCUUGGGACCCCCCGCGGACCAGCUCCCCAUGGAGGCCAGGGACUCGGAGUUGGAACUGGAGGACGACCCCUCGCCCCCGCACUCCGCCGCCCUGCUGGGCCCCGCCACCAUCCUCAACGGCGGCAAGCCUUUCUUCGCGGACAAGGACCCCGUGACGGGCCAGCUGGACCUGAGCGCCGCCAAGGUGGAGCCCGCCGAGCCGCCCCCGCAGGACGACUACGACUACGAGGAGCACGACGGCAUCGACCGCAAGGACACCGCCGGCACGCGAGGACGCCCCAACGACCUGGACUCGCAGGGCGCCCUCAAGAUCGUCACGCCCAACUUCCACGACUUCCUCAACCUGCCCGUCAAGUACUCGAGUGCGGGCGACAAGUACCCGCUCAUCUCGAGCUCGUACGCCAACACCAAGGUGCAGGGCAUGGGCGCCAGCAGCGCCAGCAGCAACAGCGCGUCUGCCGGCAGCAUCAAGAACCACAAGCCGUACUCGCCGCCCUCCAGCACAGUGCCGGCCCCGCACUACUACACCCUGCCCACGACCACGGCCACCACCCCGGCACCCUUCACGGCGUCGACCACCACGGCCCGGACCACCCCUCGGACCACCACGACCACGACGACCACAACCACGCCGGCACCGACAACAGUGACUCGGCGACCGAGCGUGCCGCCCACCAGCGUCGCUACGACCCGCAGACCCACGCCCAAGCCCACCACGGCGUCGUCGUUCUGGUCGCUGCUGGAGUCCGAAGAGUACCCCGAACCUUCCGGCCCCUCCGGACCGGAGCCCGUGGAACCGCCCCAGUCUUCCUUCGGCAUGAAGCCUCCCCGAGAGGAGGGCCCCUCCGUGGACUACGGGCCGGACUACAGCUACGACGACGAGUAUGCCGCGCCGCCCCCGAGGCCACCCCAGGCGCCAGCACUCUCGCCUCGGCCGCAGAACUCCCACCAGCCCCCCGCCAUGGGGCUGCUGACGACCGAUGCGCCAGUUCCGGCUUCCAAGGCCACCACGCCGGCCUCUACGUCUACCUCGACAACCACCACCACGACCACCAAGGCCCCUACCACGACGUCAACAACCACCACGUCGACAACUACCACGACAGUGCGACCCACAACACGCCGACCUCAGCUAUCCACGGUCAUGAUCCUGAAGCCGUUCAAUCGAAAGCCCGUCGUGGUGACGGCCCAGUCAUCUCCGAGCACUACCACUACCAGCACCAGCCCCGCCCCCACCUCGACGACCACCACGACGACCACGCCGGCGCCCACCAGCGCGGAGGCCUCCUCCACCACGAGCGCCGCACCCACGACGUCCAACGUGGUGCUGGUGCCAGAGCGCCCCAGUGCGGGGCCCGGCACCAGCAACAAGGUGGUCUUUGAGCAGGCGCCGCCGCGACAACCGUCUGCCCCCAACGCCGGCCCCGCUCAGCGCCCGCCUCCGGUCCGCCCCCAAAGCCCCUACCCAGGGCCACCGCGGCCGCAGCAGCAAGGCCCCAUCGCCAUGCCGCCCCCACUGCCUCCCCGCGACAGCCCCUACGGCAUGGCGGCCAACCAGCCCUUCCGCCCCCUGUACGACCGGCGGCCCGGCCCGCCCCCGGGCUUCCUCCAGCAGGGCGCCCCCGUGCCGCCCCCCGGCCCUGUGCCGCCCCCCGCGGGCCUGCCCCCCUCCGGCUACGGUGAUCUCAUCACGGACGCGGGCGGCGACAACAACUACGUGUCCUUCUCUUUCCAGCCGCCGUCGCCGCAGCAGCUACGCCCCCCGCCAGGCCCGCCCCGCUUCCCCGGCGUGGAGCCGCCCCGACCCAACCCCCCGGGCCCCUUCCGUCAGCCGCCCCCCUCGCCGCCCCCGCGACCCACGGCAGUGCCCACUGCCCAGACGGCCCAGACGACCAGCACCACCGCCGCGGAGCGCGAGGGCGCCGUGCCCCCCGCCAACGACAAGCCCGAAAAGCAGCAGCAGACCACCAAGGUGCCGUCCACCACCAAGGCGCCGCCGCCGGCCAGCUCCACGAGCCGCUUCGUGUUCCCCGACGAGAAGCGCGACAAGAACGUCAACGAGCAGGAGCGCGACGCCGAGCGCGACGGCCUGGACACCAAGGAGAUCGUGGUACACGGCUCCUUCCAGCACCCCAGCCAGAGGCCGCACGGCGCCGCGGUCCAGGGCCAGGGACAAGGCCAGGGCCAGGUCAUGGACGCGCCGCCCCCGUUCCGCCGGCCGCCGCCGCAGACACCGCCCGCCGACAUGAUGCCGCCCUUCGCCUUGGACUCGGACCGCGAGGGUUCCGAGCAGCAGCCCGCCUACGAACUGCCACCCCCGCACAACGCGGCCGCCGCCAACGCAGCCGGCCCCGUGCCCGCCACCGACCUCAUGCCUCCCGCGGACCCCGGCAAGAUCCGAGGCCCGCCGCCUAGCACCGACUGGCCGCGACCGCACUGGGAGACGGUGCAGGGCCCCGCUCAGGGCCUCGGCCACAACGGACGCCCCAAGCAGCCGUACCCGCAAGGCCUCGGCCAGCAGGGCUUGCGGCCCAAGCUGGACACCAUGCCGCCACCGCUAGGCGGUCCCGGCCCCGCCAACCCCAACCUCGGCCCCGGCCACCGCAUUCUGCCGCCCGGCGGCGCCGUGCCUCCAGGCUACAAGGUGCACAAGCAGGACACGGGCCUGCCCAACAUCCUGCCGCAGUUUCGGCCCAACGCCCGUCUCUCCGGACACCCCUCCGAGCAACAGCACGGCAUGCAGCUCAUGAGCCUCAAGCAGUACCCGCAACAGCACCAGCACCAGCAGCAGCACCAGCAACUACACCAGCCCAUGCACCAGCCCAUGCCGCAGAGGAUGCCCCUCAUGGAGCGUCCGGGUGAAGGCCGUCCGCUGCCACCGCACCACCUCGCCCCGCUGCUCAGAGUGAACCGCCACAACGAGGAGCUGCAGAACGACGCCCCCGCCCCCGCACAGGUGGAGCCCGAGUCGGCGCCGCCGCAGGGACUUCCCCCGCCCAUGCAGCACCACUGGCCCAACGCCGCCAGGCCGCAGCCGCACAGACGGUCCGGGCCGCCGAUGGCGCCACCGAUGGGUCUCGACGCCCACCCCGGCCAUCCCGGACACCCCGCGUCGCGACGCCGCGUCGCCACCCUGCAGAUGAUGCAGCAGCGCGGCGUGGGCCCCACUCACCGCGUGCUGUCUCGCGCCGACCUGCCCGCCAACGCGCCGCCCGGACCCGCCCCCGUCUUCCUCGUGUACCCCGUGAGCAACGCGGAGCGCGCGGAGCAGCCCGCCCUGGCAAGCCGCCCCGACAGCGAGCCCAACAAGCUGGACGACCUGCUGGAGCCGCUGUACGGCGCCUCGUCCAGAGGGGACGACCCCGUGCUCAAGCCGGCCAGGCAGCCCGCCAAGGAGCAGGCCAAGGAGGCCGCCAAGCCUCCGCGGGCUGACUUUCCAUACGCCAUCGAGCACCCAGCAGACAUCGCGCUCGCUGCCGGCCCCGGCACCGCCGCCAGGCCGCCGCCUGCUGUUCCCGCUGUGGCGGACAAACGCCGCGACGACUUCCUGGACGCCCACGCCGACGGCGAGAUCAACGUGAUCCCGUACCUCCAGGACUAUCUGCCCUUCGCCACCAAGCGGCCCCCGGCGGCAGCCACCCCUGCCAAAUCCGCUGCACUGAGCCCCGGCGCUAGCAGCAGCGCCGUCACCGUGUCCAGCCAGGGCCAGGGUCCUCCGGCCCGCAUCGUCCUGGGCUCCGGUACCUCCGCGCCGCCAGCUAGCCUCCAAGUAGCGCACGCGCAGCCCAUCUCGGCCACGCUGCACACGGUCACGCCCACCCCCGUGGGGCUGGGGCCGCCCAGCCGCCACGAGACCGUCAUCGGCGGCGCGUCGGGCGGCUCCGAGUUCACCGUCGGCGCCGUCAUGCACACCCUCAGCAACCACAGGCAUUCGGCGGACGAGGCGGCAGAGGCCGCGCCGUCUGGACCUCCAUCGGGGACCCCCUCGGGGCCGCCUGUCCUGGAUGACCACGGUUUUCAGGCGCCCUUCCAGGCGAGCGUGAGCGUGGAGACUGCCCCGAGCGUGCCGGGCGGUGCCGCCGUCACGCCCGUCGAGGGCUGGAGCGUGCUGAGCGGCGCCAUGCGCCCCGGCACGGUGGACAAGGCCGACAUCCGCGACAUCAUCAAGGAGACCACGUCCACCGACUCGUCCUUCGACUUCGAGAACUUCAAGCCGCAGCUCUUCGGCGGCUUCAAGCCCAUCCUGCACGAGGACGACGCAGGCCCGGCCGCCGCGGCGUCGGCCCCCUCCGCGGCGCCGGUGUCGUCCUCGUCCACCGCCGACGAUGCCGCCGCCCCUGCCAUCCACGCCGCGUCCACCGAUCGUGAAGAGAGGCAGCUGACGAUAUCCGCGGCCCCCAAGGGAGCCGCUGCCACCGCCAGCUGAAUCUCCUGAACCAGAAAAGUGCGAGUGCACGCGAACAUUCCAUUUCAUUCUCGUCAGGAAGUAGUCUCGGUGGCGGGGGAGGGACGGGGAAGCCCCUGCGCCCCUGCCUCUGACCUACGUUGAGCCAGUGCAGGACAGUGCAGGGCCAAUGCGAGUCGGCUGAGGCCUUAGUCCGGGGGUGUUCGGUUCAGGCCCGUGGCUGUGAGAGACUUGUCGAGCCGAUGCACGCCUGCAGCCUGCACUGGGCUCAUGACUGGACGCAAUUUCAAGCCCGGUGUUGCCACCUUUUCAUGCUACGAGCCAAAAUCUUUGCAGACUGAACACUCAUUGAGGGGUGGGAUGAAGGCCUUCCGAGCAUACCAUCUAAUCGGCAAUGCAUGUUAUUCUGCGGCUUCUCCCCCUACUCCAUGUGUUAUUAGUUAACUUAUUUAUUUAUUUAAUCCUUCUUUAAAAAUAAGAUUGUUUGUAUUCUCUCUUGAGAUUUUGGUGUGAAGAUGGCAACGUCGUCUGCAGUUGUGUCAGACCCUCCCUUCAUGGUGGUGGUAAUACUAUUGGGGUAGCGGGGGCUCUGGCCACUGCACACAUAAAGGGCUGCAUACUGCAUGCCAGAAGCUACUCUGUGAUGUCGGUAGAUGUAAUGAAAGAAUGUAGUUAUGACCAAAUAAGGACACAUUCAGAAAUGGCAUUCAAAGUUUACUUCCCUGGACACAGGAUAUGUUGCCAUAUACAGCACAUAAAAAUAUGUCAAGGGCUAGAUUAUUCUGUGAAUACUGUUAAAGGGAUUGCUCUAUUGUAAAUAAAAGUGUAACUAGUAAAUGUUGAUUGUCAUUUAAGAAGGAGAUGUAUCAGAACAGCAUGUGUAGAUAUAUUACAUCUCAGAAUGCACCCACCAUGAUUUCAACUUUAUGAAUAAAUCAAGGAAUGAUGACCUAAUUUGAAGUGUAUGAUACAAAAAAAAGUUUGACUUUUAAAAAUUAUAAGCUUA